CGGAGAUUGAUUGUGUAUCAUGAAAUGCAAUGAAAAUUAUAAAAGGUAAAUGUGCUAAUGCAUUUAUUUACUUUCGUAAUUUUCAGUAUGUUGUGAAAUGCAGUCCUCUGGAUAUCGUAAUAGGCACUAGAUUCUUCAGUUUCAGCACAAGUGCCGAAGCUUCAAAUGUUUUUGUCUGAUGUCAUAAUUUCAAAAUGAAAAUUAUUUCCCGUACACACUCGUUUUCCCGAGAAACAGUCUCAAAUGAAAAUAUAUACGUUUUAGCUUAACGUAAAUGCGAAAUUUCUAAGUUGAUAAGAUAACGAAAAACGACAAAAGAUGUUGAAGUAUAAAAAUGGAAAAAUUUUAUAUAUUUUAAUUAAAUGAAACAUGAUAGAAAGAAAUUGUUUUUUCUGUUUGUACAGUGCUAAAACGUUUCAAUUUUGGAAUCAGUCUAUUUGUCGUUUUUUUAAUGAGGAUAGAAACAAAUGUUAUAAAAUUUAUUUAUUAUCAAGAUAGUUAUUUAUGAAUCAGCAUUGUCAAAAGUUGAAUCGUUAAUUAUCACAAAUGUCAUAAUCCGUAAUGUAAUAGUAACGCAUGAAGCAAAACCGGUUCUCUCCAACGAUUGUCCAACGUGGAAGGUCUCACAUAGUGAAGCGGGGAUAAGUUACAACGGUACUUUCACACGAAAGUACGCGCAUCUCAUUGUCGAAAAGCGAACGUGAGUAACGUGACUCGAUGCUAGAAAACGGCCGAAUUAACUCUAGUCGAUUAAAUCAAACUUAUCAUGUCAAGCGAAGAAAGACGCGAGAAGGAACGGGCUACAAAGGAAACACAAUGCAUCAUAAGAAGCCAAAUAAUGAGUUUGAAGGUGAAGACAGCUUUGAAAAUUAUUCUGUCUUCUGUAAUAGGUCCAUUAAUUCUCUAUGGCAUAUUUUAUGUGUAUUUGCAUUAUCAAGCGCAUUUGGGCUCCAGUGAAUCGGUGACGAUAAUGAGAGAAAAUCGACCAAAGUUCUGGAUCUAUGCCAAGAUACGCAACGAUACCGGUUACCUGAAACACGUAUACGCGGUGCUGAAACGACUCGGCUUCCAGGAGAGCAGCAACGAGUCUAACUGGGACCUAUUGUGGGCCCACGAUUACCCAUUUCGCGCGUUGUCCACAAGCUUAAGUAGACUGCGGGAGCAUCAACGGAUCAACCAUUUUCCUGGUUGCGGCUACAUCACGAACAAGGUGGAUCUCUCGACGUCGCGAGGCGGUCAAUACAUACCGGCGGCUUUCAAAAUUCCCGAGGAUCGCGAAGCCUUUCUCGAGUAUGUCAGAGCAAACCCGGCCAAGCAGUUCGUGCAGAAGUCGAACGAUCACCGAGGCAUCCGUAUUAUUCGUGGCGGUAGCGACGCGAUGAACUUCACCAGCACCAGCGACACGUUCGUCCAGGAGUUCAUCGAGCGCCCGUUUCUCGUGGACGGCUACAAAUUUGACAUCGGCGUGUACACCGUCAUCACGUCCGUGGAUCCGUUGCGAGUGUACGUGUACACGGGCGACGUGCUGUUCCGCUUCUGCCCGAUCAAGUAUUAUCCGUUCGAUCCGGAAAUCCUGGACAAGUACGUAGUCGGCGAUGACUACCUGCCGAUUUGGAACGUGCCAUCUCUGAGAAAAUACUACACCGAGCUUGGGUACUCGAUGAAAGAUUCAUUCGACGCGUACGUCAGAGAGCAGAGGAAGAACCCGGCGGAGAUGUGGGAGCGAGUGUACGACGCUAUUCGGGAGGUUGCCUUGAUGAAGGAAACUCAGAUCAGAGAAAUCGCCAUGCGCUUCGGCAAUGGCAGGAAUUUCUUUGAGCUCGUGAGAUUUGACCUAGCUCUGGACGAGGAUUUGAACGUUUACAUGAUGGAAGCGAACAUGUCACCGAAUCUGUCUUCCGCGCAUUACCCGCCUAAUCAGUUACUUUACGAACAGGUCAUAUUCAAUACCUUCGCUUUAGUCGGUAUCGGCAAGAGGAUCAGAAAGGAAUCUUUGAGGACAAGAAGUAAGGCGGAGGAAGAAAUGGAAGUAGCAAGCAAAAAUAUUGUAGUGCUGCCGGAGCUUUGUAAGGAAUGCGACGACUGUUUCCGUGUAGAGUGUCAAUUGUGCAAGCCAUGCUUCACACCGGAAACAAAACUCAUUUUAUCACAGACCUAUCUCGAGCGUCAAAACCAAAUGGACUUUUAUAGGAUUUUUCCACCUCCGAUAACGAAAGAUAUGGUGCUAAAGGACUACACGCUAAGGAAUCAAUUACUUAUUAGAUGGUACCAAGGAAAGUGCGAAUUGGACAAGACUUGGUGCAAUUAAUGUCGUUAACAAUAUACAUUGUGAGUCCCUUAUAAUGUUGAAUAUUUGUUGUAGUUUUCUAUAAAAUUGUAUAUAUAUAAUGUGUAAAUAUUAGAAGUAUUAUAAAAUAAAAAGAAUUAUAAAAUAAAACAUUUAAUGACACAUAGAGGUAAUGAGGUACAUGUAACGUAUAGAAACAAAUCCUUGGACUUAUAUUAUUUUCUAGUAUUAUUGUAUUUGUAUAUGUUAUAUAUUUAAAGUACAAACAAUUAUAAAAGUACUCUAAUUUAGUAAAAAAAAAAACCAAAUCAUACGUCAGAGCAGCAUAUAAUUAUACGUAGUUGUUAAAAACAGAAAGGAACAUCUUAUGUUUGUGAUACACUAAAUCCUGCAUAAAGAAACGUAAUGUU